CAUUAGACUAUGCUUUUUUAAGAUCUCGCGAGCGCACAGGCCUCGUCGUGACUGUUUGAAACUCAUGCGUUUCGCCAUUUUGUUGCUGAAACUAUGCUAUGGCUGAAGCUCAGCAAAUCAAACCGGCUCCCGCAGCAUUCAAAGCUGACGUGUGGACUCAUUUUGGGUUCCACGAGGAGAAAGAAGGCAGCAAAGAGGUUGACAAAAGCCAUGCCAUUUGCAAACUGUGCCAUGCUAGAGUGAAAUAUUGUGGCAACACAACGAAUCUACGAGCACACUUAGCCAGACACCAUGCUGAUGUCCGGCUAACGUUUCCAGCUAACGCGAAACGAGUGGAUUCUUCCCAGCCAACGCUGGGUCAAGUUUACGCAGCAAAGUUACCGCCGACCUCAACUCGUGCGACCAAAAUAACGCUGUCUAUAAUUCAGUUUAUUUGCAAAGACCUCCGCCCUCUUAGUGUUGUGGAGAACGAGGGUUUCCGAAACAUGAUUACGACCCUGGAGCCACGGUACGCUAUCCCCUCUCGACAAUACAUGACUGACAUCGCAUUGCCCAGGUUGUACACAGAAGUGAAGGCUGGGGUGCAGGGCUCUCUCAGCUCAGCAGAGAGGGUCGCGUUGACAUGCGACGGCUGGACCUCGAGGGCUACGGAGUCGUAUGUAACCAUCACAGCGCAUCACAUUACCGAUGACUGGAAGCUGGGCUCUCACGUCCUCCAAACGCGAGCAAUGCCUGUAAACCACACGGGGGAAAAUAUUGCAGCAGUACUGAGGGAGGUGGUGUUCGAAUGGGGACUGGAUUUAAAAGAUCCCGUAGUUGUUACAGACAAUGCUUCUAACAUGACUGUCGCGGCACGAGUUGCAGAGAUGACCCACAUACAAUGCUUUGCACACGGUUUGAAUCUCGCAUCGCAGAAGGCACUCAAAUUGCCAUCAGUAGCAGAAAUACUGGGAAGAGUCAGACGCGUCACCACUUUUUUUAGGCGCAGCACAGUUGCCAGCCACCAGCUUAAGCUAAAACAGGAGCUACUGCAGCUCCCCAAACAUCGACUAACUACAGACGUCGUCACCAGGUGGAAUAGUUCUUAUGACAUGCUGGCUAGAUUUUUGGAACAACAAACGGCUAUCUGUGCUGCCCUUCUCUCAUCCGAAGUCCGAAAGAGCGCAAAAGACGUAUUCACUUUGAGCGAGGCAGAUGUCACCUGCGCGGAGGAGGUGCUGAAGGGGAUGAAGCCCAUGAAAGAUGCCAUCUUAGUGAUGUCAGAGGAGAAGAUGCCGACGUUGUCCCUCAUCGCCCCGCUUCACGACAAUCUUGUCAAGAGCACCGCAGAAAUGGAAGAUGACUCCGCGACCGUGAAAGAGAUCAAGCUUGCUAUUGCCCAAGAUCUUGGCAAGAGGUACACGAAUGCAAACGAGACACUCUACAUGGCAUCCGCCGUUGACCCACGGUUCAAAGAUCUACUGUUCCUGACUGAACAGAAGAAAACCGAGACCUACUCCAGACUGACAGAUGCUGUGACGGAUGUCAUAAAGAAGAAACGGAAUCAGGAAGCUGAGGUGGUGGACAGUGACAACCCAGUGCCAGUGGUGCGAGAGGAGGACCAGGAGGCGGCUGAUCACUCCCCCAACAGCAAGGAUGGCACUGAUGCAACCCCCCACCCACCCCAGAAGAAACCAAGGAGCUUGUGUUUGUUGGUUAGCUUGCUUGGAGACACCUACGCUUCUACCGGUGAUGAAGCUCCACAAUCUGCAGGUGAUGCUGCUGCAGCUGAGGUGAAGAAGUUCCAAGAUGAAACCCCUUUGUCUCUCUCAGGAGAUCCUCUCAGUUGGUGGAGGGAGCAUGAACAUGUGUACCCUCAUCUCUCCACAGUAGCAAAGCGUUUCCUGUGUAUUCCUGGUACCAGUGUGUCCUCUGAGAGGGUGUUUUCCACCACAGGAGACAUUGUUACAGCACAGAGAAGUGUCCUGAAAGCUGGGCAUGUAGACCAGCUCGUCUUCCUCAACAGAAAUCUCACGAUCAAGAACUAAGCUUUAACAUGCUACUGACAGAGUGUUUACUCUGUAUUCUGUUUACAUUGUUUUUAGGGAUCCUGCAAACGUUUAUUUAAUUAAAUGGAUGCACUGCAAGUUGUCCUACAGGACAUUAUUUUAUUGCACAAGUUGUCCUAAAGUAUUUUAUUUUAAUAAGAUUUUUUUAUUUUGUAUAGACAGAAGACAGAAAUGUUGACAAAAAUAUUUUAAAAAUAAACAGUUUGUUUUUGCAUCA